UUUUCGACACAACACCCCAUUCUGUUUCCCCCGUUAGCCCGUCAAACCCUGACAUUGCGAAGAUGGAAGCUGUUGUGGUUUAGACCAAGUUUUGUGAAAAGCGUAGCCUGGGACUUUUUCGAGCUCUGUUAUGACAACGUAUCCAGUUGUUCCAGGUGGGAGGCGAGAGGUGUGAACCGAGAGAGCAACAUGUACUCCGAGUGGCGCUCGCUGCAGUUGGUGGUGCAGAGUGACCAGGGCCACCUCAGCGUUCUGCACACCUACCCUCCCGGCGUGGGCACGGAGGUGGCAAAUGCUGUGGUCAAACCUCUGGGCGUGGCUGUGAGCCCCGUCGCCACGGAGAACAUCCUCAAAACAGACAAAGAGGUAAAGUGGACCAUGGAGGUGCUUUGUUAUGGCCUGACACUCCCUUUGGAGGGRGACACCGUCAAGCUGUGCGUGGACGUGUACACGGACUGGAUGAUGGCCCUGGUGUCGCCGAGGGACUCGAUGCCGCAGCCUGUGGUGAAGGAGCCCAACAUGUACAUCCAGACCAUUCUCAAACACCUCUACAACGUCUUUGUGCCAAGGCCUGAGCAACACAGUCUGAACCACAUCAGGCUCUGCCAGCAGGUUCUGACCGCGGUCCAGAAGCUGGCGCGGGAAUCCGUUUCCAUGGUGAGGGAAACCUGGGAGGUGCUGCUGCUCUUCCUGCUUCGCAUCAAUGACACGUUGCUCGCACCGCCGUCGGUCGGCGUUGGGGUAGCGGAGAAGCUGGCAGAGAAAUUGAUGGCGGUGCUGUUCGAGGUGUGGCUGCUUGCGUGCGCGCGCUGCUUCCCMACGCCGCCAUAUUGGAAGACAGCGAGAGAGAUGCUGUCCAACUGGAGACAUCACCCUCCUGUUAUAGAGCAGUGGAGCAGAGUCGCUUGUGCACUAACCUCAAGACUUCUGCGGUUCACUCACGGCCCAUCCUUCCCACCUUUUAAAGUUCCUGACGAGGACACCAACUUGAUUCCUUUAGAGAUGGACAACGAUUGUGUGGCGCAGACGUGGUACCGUUUCCUCCACAUGAUCGGCAAUCCGGUAGACCUGAGCAACCCUGCGAUAGUGAGCACCACUCCGAAGUUUCAAGAACAGUUUUUAAACUCGAGUGGAAUUCCCCACGAGGUCGUGUUGCACCCAUGUUUAAAACAGCUACCCCAGAUCUUCUUCAGGGCCAUGAAGGGCAUCAGCUGCCUCGUGGAUGCUUUCCUCGGUGUGUCUGUUGAAAAGAGAGAUGUACGCGAGAGGGUGUUCUCUUUUUGUCCAGUGCUGCUCUCUCAUGGUAUAUCACGUCCCAGAGCUGACAGUGCCCCGCCCACCCCGGUGAACAGAAUGAGCAUGUCCCCCCCGCCUUCCAUCACCAACACGACACCCCCUCACAGCCGCAAGCAACGCCACGCGGUGGUCACUAAAACUACGAGCAAGAGUUCAACUAGCAGUAACAGUCAACCAACCAAAGCGUCCCAGCAACAGCAGCAGCAGCAGCCGACGUCCUCCCCAACCCUGCUUUCCAGCCCCAACCAGAGUAGUUUAGAGUCCCGGCCGCUGCCGGCCCCGGCACGGCCYAAGGUCAACAGCAUCCUUAACCUGUUCGGUCAGUGGCUUUUCGACGCCGCUCUGGUCCACUGUAAACUCCACAGCGGCCUCAGCCGAGACCCCAGCAUGACYGCGAUCGCCACUCAGGUGGGUUUGGAGCUGAGGAGGAAGGGUUCCCAAAUGUCCACGGACUCCAUGGUGCCCAACCCUCUGUUUGACAUCAACGAGUUCCCCGAGAGCUACGAGGCGGGGCGCGCCGAGGCCUGCGGGACACUCUGUCGCAUUUUCUGUAGCAAAAAAACCGGAGAGGAUAUUCUUCCUGUUUACCUGUCCAGGUUCUACAUGGUUCUGAUUCAGGGUCUCCAGAUUUCUGAUUUCAUCUGUAGACCUGUCCUGGCUUCUAUCAUCCUCAACUCUUCCUCUCUCUUCUGUACUGACCUGAAAGGCAUCAACGUUGUCGUGCCCUAUUUCAUAGCUGCUUUGGAGACAAUUGUACCAGACAGGGAGUUGUCCAAAUUCAAGAUUUAUGUAAAUCCUACUGACUUGAGGAGAGCUUCCAUUAACAUUCUUCUUGCCAUGCUGCCGCUGCCGCAUCACUUUGGAAACAUUAAAUCAGAGGUUCUGCUGGAGGGGAAGUUUAACGAGGAGGACGGSUGGCCUCAUGACCAGCCCGUGUCUUUCCUGUCUCUGAGGCUUCGUCUCGUCAACGUCCUCAUCGGAGCGCUGCAGACUGAGACCGACCCCACCAACACACAAUUGAUCCUUGGUGCAAUGCUGAAUAUUGUCCAAGACUCUGCAUUGUUAGAGUCCAUAGGAGCACAGACGGAAACAGGCAGCAUAGACGGGAGCCACGUGACCCUGAGGGGUCACAGUCGCACCAACAGUGGUGUCAGCUACACCAGUGGAAGCACCGCAGAGGCUACCAGUCCAGACUGUGAGCGUCCUGCACAGGCGCUGCUCAGAGAUUAUGCUCUUACAGAUACGGCGUCGGGUCUGCUGGUGCGCAGCAUCCACCUCGUCACUCAGAGGCUCAAUUCCCAGUGGAGACAGGACAUGAGCAUUUCACUGGCUGCCCUGGAGCUGCUGGCUGGGCUCGCCAAGGUAAAGGUAGGAGUGGAUUCUGGAGACCGCAAACGUGCCGUCAGCUCUAUAUGUGGMUAUAUUGUGUACCAGUGCAGCCGUCCAGCUCCUCUUCAGUCAAGAGACCUUCACUCCAUGAUCGUGGCUGCCUUCCAGUUCCUCUGCGUGUGGCUGACGGAGCACCCUGACAUGCUCGAUGAGAAGGUUUGUUUGAUGGAAGUGUUGGAAAUAGUGGAGCUAGGAAUCUCCGGCAGUAAAUCUCGCCAAGAUCAGGAGGUUCGUCAUAAAGGAGAGAAGGAGCACAACCCAGCUUCAAUGAGGGUGAAGGAUGCUGCGGAGGCCACUUUAUCCUG